AUGGCGGGGAAGUCCGCGUUCGUCACAGUCGGGACGACCAAGUUCGACGGGCUCGUCGAGGCCGUCGACACGCCGUCGUUCGCAGGGGCGCUGAUGCAGCAAGGAUUCACCAAGCUCACCGUUCAAGCUGGGCGUGGCCUCUACGAGCCGCGCCGCCUCCUCACCGCGGCCUCAACCCCCGGCCCAGUCCGCGACAACAGUGAUUCUCAGGACGUUGACCGCCGCGAGGCCAUCCUGCUCCCGGCCGACGUCGAGGAUGGCAGUAAUUUGGCCCCGAAGGACCACGUGGAGUCCUUGCAUGUCGUGUUCUUCGCCUACAGCCCGAACCUGGCGGCGCACGUCGCGGAGGCGGACCUCGUCGUCAGCCACGCGGGCGCCGGGAGCGCGUUCGAGGCGCUGUCCGCUGGGAAACCUCUAAUUGUGGUUCCGAAUCCAACGCUAAUGCACAACCAUCAAGUGGAGCUCGCCGAGGAGCUGCAGCGGCGCGGACACGCGGUGGCGACGACCGCGGAGGACCUCGUCGGCGCGCUCGAGCGCCUGGCGGCCACGAAGCUCGUGCCGUACGCGGGGGGCGACGUCAGCGGCCUAGCGCGAGUUGUGGCAGGCGCGGUCUCCCCUGGUAAGGGCCACAGGGCCGCGGAGGGGCUGCUCGCCGCUGCGGUGUACUGCUUCGGUGCUGUCAUAGCGGGCCUGAUCGCGCACGAGCUCGUGCGGGGCAUCCGGUGA